UAACGAAUGAUUUAAAUUACUUAGAGACACUCUCAUCAUGUCUAUCAGUCGGCAUAUCUCUCUGUGACACAUACCAAACCUCGAAAGUCUUCAUUCCGGCCAAAGCCUUUCUUACUUGAAAUGAUUUGGAGUGAGCAUUCAGCCUUGGAUAAACAGCGUCUUCUUCAUGAUAACGGGAAACACGUAGGAAAUGGGUAACACCUAGAUUCUAGAAAUUAUUAUUUCAGGUUUGUGAGGGACCAAAACAUGAGUCGUGCUAAGAAACAUCUCUUGUCUUCCCCAGGAGUAGAUUUCAAAGAACAGAAAUUAGCCCAUCAAAGUUUGAAGUUUGUCUAGGUCACGACCUAUCCAACCAUGCGGGAUUUCGACUGGGCGCCAUUUCGUUUGUUGCAAUGCAGCUUACAACGUUGGUAUUUUUGGUCCAGCUAUGGAUAUGUGUUUCUGGUCAUGGUCAUGAUCAUGUUCAUAGUCAUGAACCACCUCACUAUAAGUAUUCUAAGGAGGCGAAUGUUGGGUAAUUGAGUCCGUUUUGUUUGCGUUUUAUUGUGGGCUUUAUUUGGUGUUUGAACGAGUAAUUACUCACUUAUUUGUAUUCAAUGUUCUCAACAUUUUUACUGAACUAGUCUUUACCAGGUUAUAUUUACACUUUUGAAUUGAUAAACAGUGAAGAAUCUAUUUCACUCUCAUUUCAAAUGGAUAUUGGUAAAGUAAGAGUUUUCGCAUAUGUCGUUUCACUACUCCAGAAAAAUAUGUACAAGCAGAAUCAUGAACGGGAAACACGUAAAGAUUCCUCUGAGAAACUGUGGGUCGAAGUAUUCGGAGCUGUGUUACUCAUUAGUAUCGCUCCUUUUAUCAUAUUGUGCCUGAUACCAGAUUUGAACAAACACCGCGGCUUCCUCAAGGUUCUUCUCGCAUUUGCAGCUGGUGGUUUACUGGGAGAUGCAUUUCUUCACUUGAUUCCUCAUGCACUGGAGAGUGGACAUUCUAAUCCUAACCACACUCACGAGGAAAAUAAUAAAGACGAACAUAGUCACAAGCGUCACUCCAACGUUGGACUUUAUGUUGUUGGUGGAAUUUUCGCGUUCUUGUGUGUCGAAAAAUGUAUCCGACUUUUUAGAAAUGACCAUUGUGGAGGGCACACUCAUCAUGCAGUGUCUAAUGUUGAUGGUGAAAAUAAAGGAAAGAAUAAGAAAAAAGGGGAAGAUAACAAAAGUGGAGCUAAAACUAAACCUACUGACUUCAAAGUCGCUGGAUAUCUUAACUUGGCAGCAGACUUUGCGCACAAUUUUACUGAUGGGUUAGCUAUUGGUGGAUCCUUUCUAGUUAGUAGGAAUGUUGGUUUUCUGACCACUUUUACAGUUCUGUUACAUGAACUUCCACAUGAGAUCGGAGACUACGCCAUACUUAUACAAUCCGGAUUUUCUUCACGUAAAGCUAUGCUUCUUCAGUUGGUCACUGCUGUUGGUGCACUUCUGGGUUCAUCUGUUAGCUUACUUGCUGCACGUGUUAGUAUUGGUCCUAUUGUUUUUGAUGCUAAUAUACUACCAGUUGUAACGGAUGAUAUUGUUAUCGGUUGCAUUUUACCAUUUACUGCCGGUGGUUUUAUCUACAUAGCUAUGACUUCUGUGUUACCCGACCUGUUGGCAACUAAUAAUAACACCAGUACUCCUAAUACACCAAAAACACGAAACAAUGGAUUCAAAUCAUUCGUCCAAAGUUUACUUGAAAUAAUUUCUUUAAUUGGCGGCGUUGGAAUGAUGGCUGCUAUCGGAACAUUGGAAUAAAAUGUGAACAAGUAUAUAAUUUAUCUCUGUAGAGAAAAGAACUAGGUUGAUAUGACUAAUGUAUUAUAGUUCAUCUUUCUGUUUGUGUAUGCUGGUACUUUUUUGCUGCAAUCUAGUCCUCGUAGCCUGUUGUUUUCUUUUCGUUUGUUUGUUUUUUCAUAUUCAUAAAAAAUCUACUUGUAAGUGAAGUAAUGAAUUCAGAAAAGCAUUUUCAGAGUACAAACGUAACUAUUAGAGUGCUAUUUGAAGAAAAAAAGUUAUAAUUCCCUUUGCUUUCAUAUUUUCUUUCUCCCUUCACACACACACACUUUUUUUGUUUAAUGUUAAUUAUGUUUUCCCAGUUAAGUUUGAUCUUGUUUCAAUCAUUUUCAUUUUAUUAUUGUUUAAUCAUACUUUCAUUGUCCUGUUUAUUGUUGUAAAAUGAUUAAUUUAUGUAUAGUUUUUGUUUUAUUGUUCAUCUUGUUGGUUGAAUGGUUCUAAAUAAUUCUUUCCCCUUUUCAUAUUGUUAUUGUUCUUAUCAUCGAACCUAAUUAUUCAAAAAAAGGAACUUCUGAAGUUAACCAAAAAGUCUACAUUUCUAUCAUCGAUUUCCUUCUUCUUCUUAUUCUUUGGUAUGGUAUAUUUGUAUUUUGUAUUUAAUAAUAAUAAUCGAAAGCAGUUUACCAUGUAAACACAAUUGUACAUCGACCAGAACUUCCAUUUUGUGUUGGUAUUUUUUAUUAUUCAUAACUUUAUAUUAGUUUGAUCAUUUCAUUUUGUUUUCUUUUCACCGGUAUAUUUGACUUAUUAUCUUGGUAAAAUAAUUUUGUUUUUUUUUCUACGAACUAUUGCAGUUGGAUGAAGGAAACAUUUAUUGUUCAAUUUGGUA